AUGCGCAUCAUUCAUGGGAAUGGUUAUUCCGAUGAGGAUAAACGUGCUCACAUCCGCCUCGUCUAUCAGAACAUUUUCAUGGCAAUUCAGGCCAUGAUUCGUGCCAUGGAUACGCUCAAUAUUCCCUAUGGCGAUCAAUCUUCCGAAGUACGCAUUUUUUUUCUCUCUCUCUGCAUUUUUGCCUCUAAAUUUACGUUUCUCUUUUCGCUAUUUCGGAUAACUAUGUAA